GGCGCAGGCGGGCGGGGCUGGGGGAGGCGGGAUAGGCUGGGCGCGGCCGGUGCUGCGGACCCGCCACAGCCCUCCAGGUCGCUGCGGACCCGAGGCCUGCUUGCCUGCCAACGGCACCAUGGGCAAUUGCCACACGGUGGGCCCCAACGAGGCACUGGUGGUCUCAGGGGGCUGUUGUGGUUCUGACUACAAGCAGUAUGUGUUUGGCGGCUGGGCUUGGGCCUGGUGGUGCAUCUCGGACACUCAGAGCCUUAGACUGAGCCGGCUUGGGUGGGUGGAAAUAUUGAGAGCACCAUCCCGUGCCCCGAUAUAUCAGGCAUCAGUGCGUAUCUGGAUUUCCCUAGAGAUUAUGACGUUGCAGCCCCGCUGUGAGGACGUAGAGACGGCCGAGGGGGUAGCUUUAACUGUGACGGGUGUCGCCCAGGUGAAGAUCAUGACGGAGAAGGAGCUCCUGGCUGUAGCCUGUGAACAGUUCCUGGGCAAGAACGUGCAGGACAUUAAGAACGUUGUAUUGCAGACCCUGGAGGGGCAUCUACGCUCCAUCCUUGGGACUCUGACUGUGGAGCAGAUUUAUCAGGACCGAGACCAGUUUGCCAAGCUGGUGCGGGAAGUGGCAGCCCCUGAUGUUGGCCGUAUGGGCAUCGAGAUCCUCAGCUUCACCAUCAAGGAUGUCUAUGACAAAGUAGACUAUCUGAGCUCCCUGGGGAAGACACAGACUGCCGUGGUGCAGAGAGAUGCAGACAUCGGUGUGGCAGAGGCAGAGCGGGACGCAGGCAUCCGGGAAGCCGAGUGCAAGAAGGAAAUGCUAGAUGUGAAGUUCAUGGCAGACACCAAGAUUGCUGACUCCAAGAGAGCCUUUGAGCUGCAAAAGUCAGCCUUCAGUGAGGAGGUCAACAUCAAGACAGCUGAGGCCCAGUUGGCGUAUGAGCUACAAGGGGCCAGAGAGCAACAGAAGAUCCGGCAGGAAGAGAUUGAGAUUGAGGUAGUACAGCGCAAGAAGCAGAUCGCCGUGGAGGCGCAGGAGAUCCUCCGCACAGACAAGGAGCUCAUCGCCACAGUGCGCCGCCCUGCAGAGGCAGAGGCCCACCGCAUCCAGCAGAUUGCCGAAGGCGAAAAGGUGAAGCAAGUCCUCUUGGCACAAGCAGAAGCUGAGAAGAUUCGCAAAAUCGGGGAGGCAGAGGCAGCAGUCAUUGAGGCCAUGGGCAAGGCAGAGGCUGAGCGGAUGAAGCUUAAAGCGGAGGCCUACCAGAAGUAUGGGGAUGCAGCCAAGAUGGCCUUGGUGCUGGAGGCCCUGCCCCAGAUUGCUGCCAAGAUCUCCGCACCCCUGACUAAAGUCGAUGAGAUUGUGGUUCUCAGUGGGGACAACAGCAAGGUGACAUCAGAAGUAAACCGGCUGCUAGCAGAACUGCCUGCCUCUGUUCAUGCCCUCACUGGUGUGGACCUCUCAAAGAUACCACUGAUCAAGAAUGCCACUGGUGCGCAGAUGUGAGGCUCCUGACACUCGGCCUCCAGCAGCUGCCUGCCCUUCCAGGCCUGUUUUCAAGUCACGGGGACAACGAGAGCAUUACUGACUCUGGUGCCUUAUUUCGUAGGGACCAGAAGUGCUGCGAGUUCAGGCCAUCUCUGGCUAUCUUCCCUUCUCUCCUGUCUGCCGUCUCUUUUUUUUCCACACCUUCACAUUAACUGCCACAUACAUCCAUCUAGCCUGUCUCCUCAUCCGCCAUAUGUGCCUCUUCCUCUGGCUCUGUUUUUCUCCCUUCUCCCAACUUCACACACAUCAUCUACUUUAACUGAAGUUGAACUUGUUUAUGAUAAUCACUAUCUGUCUGUCUGUCUGUCUGUCUGUCUGUCUGUCUGUGAGGAGUGGCCCCGAUGCUUCUCAAAAUUCUGGUGCCUUCAAGUUCUACAUGUAUCUGUCUGUCCUCGCUGGCCCUGGCAGAGCCCAGCAUGGGUACAAGGGUUCUGCGUAGGACACCCACUCUCCUCUCUCCUGGUCUGAAUCUCCAAGCGCUAAAUGCUGUUCCAGGAAGCCCACAUCCCACACAGUCUUGCCCUUUGAGGCCUAAGUGGCCAUGGCCUAUUGGCCGUAGCAUAAUGCCCUUCCCACACCGAGGCCCGGGCCUGCUGUCAUACCUGCCCCUGUCCCCUGCACCAUAGAGGCACAGAAGCACGGCCUCCUGUCUAUAGCAGCUUCCUCAGUGUACUACUGCCUUAGGAGGCCCUGCUUGUGCUCAGGGACAUCCCUUCCGUUGGCUUGUCCUUGAUUGGUGGGUGGGUCUUAGUCUGAUUCCACUAAGUCUUUCUGGGGUCACUAUCUAGCUCUGUUGGGGACAGGUAAAGUUUAUAGGCCUUCUUCCUGCUAGUGAAUGGGGCUCUCCCAGGGGGCAAGGCUGUGCCAACCGUAAGAGAAUCAAGUGCUGAAGACUGGCCAAACCUCACUCCCUCUAUGCCAUUUUCUUCUUGGUCAGCAUAAUGGGGUUCUAGCCAUGGGAAGCAGCUAAGUGUUCUGUACCUUUGCACCUGCACCACUGGUGGCAGAAGAACCCAGUGCCCAGGUGUCCUAGUAAGGGUGCAAGGGUGUCUGUCCCAUGGGCCCAGUCCCCAGCCCUGGCCUGCCCCGGCCUGUGUAGCUGUGCUGCAUGUGAAUGCUGCAUGUCUGGUCUGGGGUUUGGAUAUUGCACUGCCCCACUGCCUGUCCCCGCUGGUGACAAUAAAGAUCUCUUAUAGCCACA